AUGGUAGAGAAGACCGAAAACGACUUCGAUACUGUUGCCAGCAGCUCCAGACGUGCCAAUAAGGUCAAGCCGGCGACGACUACUCGACUGGCCGCCAUCGCAACGAGCCCUGCUGCGAACAAGACGGAGAAUCCUCCACGCCAGACGCCGUACGAACACCUCCGAAGCAAAGCACUUCCGGCCCCCUUCAGCUGCACUUACGAAAAUACAGACCAGCCCCAAGAUGAUAAAACAGCAAGGAACACGGAACUACAGCGCCGUCGAGCGACAAAGGCUGCAGAAGAUCGUCGCCGCACGCUGCCACAGCAUGAGGCUGACUGGAAUGUCGUCGCAAUGGAGUUCAAUGCACCCCUGACCAAAAUCAGCUCGUCGCAGCCGCACAAGUUUAAAGCGCAAGUUUACAGCGUUAAAAUUAUUCGGCGAUCUCAGGACGUGCUGACCAGCAGAAUGAAUGCAUCCAGACCCAUUGCAUCACUGUGGCAAACGACGACAUUGGAAGGUGGCGAGCGAGGGCACCUCAGCUCACCCUUGCAUCAGGAUCUCGCUGGUGGGGGUCGUUCAAGGAAAUGGUCUUGGGCAGACGGUGACACUGGAACACAAGGUGGUGCAAAGCGUGAUAGGCAAGCGGAAGUCUCACAACGCUGUAUCACGGUGGUGCAAAUGAAUCCAGACCAAGUGGACACCAACACGGUAUCACCAUCGAGCGAAAAUGCGGCACUGAGAGCCACCUUUUUACUGGUGGUGCUCCGUCAAGAUUCAGCUUGGAGAAGUAACCCCGGCAUCGGUGGCGUCUCCAAAAGUGCGUAG